GCAUUGUCGGUGUCAUCCUCCUUGCUUUGUGCGCGUUUUAUAUUCCCCAACACCCGUCACCCGGUGGAUCAACCGCGGAGUCGGUUCAACGCUCAUUGAAGUGACUCUGUUUGUCCGCCAUGAUUCGUCAUCGUCUUAAUGUACAUAGCUUCGUAUACUUUUAGUUUGAGAAACACCCUCACGUGACCCUCCCCAUGGCGUUGGUUGAUGGGAUAUGCUCGUCUCUUCGAACGGACUUUGAAGAAUUAGGAUUUACUUGCUUGUAAUAUAUGAUAGUUGCAUAUGGAGUGUCAUUAUCGACAGUAAAGAUGACUCAUGGACAAACCCCUGCCGCCAAGAAAACACGGCCAGCCUUGUCUCAACCAGCCAUCAUCCCCAACUUCACAAUCACCUCUAUCUUCAUCUCGAUAUCCCUCAAAAUACCAGUCCCCGCGAUCAUGGAAAAGUACGGUCUGCAGUUGGUCGAAAAAAUAUAUUUUCUUCCUAUUAGUGGUCCUAACAGUACGAAAUUGACGGAAGAAACCAAAGAGAAGAAUCGACUACAGGCUAGAGAAAAGUACAGUCUCAAGGAGUACAAUAAACUCCAACAAGAACUGCGUUGCCUUCUUGAUGAUAACAUCUUCAUUUCGGAGAGUAUCAACUUUCUGGCGUCAAAAAUCACUGGUAUACCAGGUGACGGACUCCGUCCUGAGUUUGAAGAUGCAGAAAUUAUAAGGGGACUUUCAUUUGAAGAAAAAACCAAAAUCGUCAAAAUAAGACUCUGGGACGCACGCCUGUCAUACUCGAUGAAUGUCAACACGCUUCGGAUGCUCAGUAAAGCUUUCAUCAGUCAAGAGUUAGGCCAACCGAGGGAACCAGAACCAGAUACACCAGAGAUUCUGUAUCGUCUCUUUACAUCUGGCGAUCAUACGCGACACAGUAAAGACCUAGGCUUUCGCUGUUCCAACCAGUCUUUGACAUCACCUGUCUACCGCAAUGGCACUCUUGUCGACAGCAACCUAGUGGACGAAGCAGCUUUACGGAACCAAUGCAAGGGAGGGAAUCCGUCAGAUCUCAUUGCCCUAUCUGAUAGUCCGUCUAGAAUCUUCAACCUCAUUAAAGGCUGGUCAUUGAGUGCAAAGGAGGGCGACAAAAUAGCUGUCAUCAGCGUUUCGAAACUGCUCGCGAUGGGCGUUCUGAUUAACCGCACUACAACGUUGGCUGAAUCACUAAAUAUGCCUCUUCGAAGAGGAAAUCAGCCAGAUGGACUAGAAUAUGCGAAUCUCAACUACUGGGUUGCACACCGAUGGAUUCCGGCUGAGUGUAUUGAGUCUUAUAUCUCUAUCUCGUUGCUGCAGAAAGCUUGUGCCAGUCGUGGUAUUAAUAAAGGGGAUUAUUGUACGCGCCUAUCAUUAGGCGAUCUUGAUAUAGAUCUACUUUCAUCUCAAUUUGAGGCCAUGGCUGUUAAUAGCUGA